AUGACUGCGGUAAAGAAGAUACUUUGCCUACCAGGCUUCUUACAAAAUGGUAGUACGUUAGCAGCUAAAUCUUCCGGUCUUAGAAAAAGCAUGACGAAGAAGUUACAACUACAACUCGAUUUUAUUGAUCCUUAUCACCGCAUCCAGUCAAAAGAAGAGGUUUCAUUCCCAUUUGGGCCAACUGAAGCAGAAUCCCAAAGAGUUUGGGAGUCAGUUGUGCAAAAAGGCAAUAACUGCUGUUGGUGGGAUCAUCAAGGUCCAGGAAACAAUGUGGGCCUUCAAGAUUCUGUUGAUUAUAUUAUCGACCACAUAAGAAACAAUGGACCUUAUGAGGGAAUAAUCGGAUUCUCACAAGGUGCAGCUAUGGCCUUAAUGAUUACAAAUUCUAUCAGAAGGCUAUUGCCCUCACAUCCUGAUUUUAAGAUUGCUAUGUUCAUUUCUUGUUUCUGUUUAACGGAACCUAAACGUGGCAGUGAUUGGGACAAUAGAGAUAUAAAUUAUAAAAUUGGAGAUUUGGAAGAGUUUAAGAAAGUAGUAGAAAUAUCCAAUGAUGCAUUGGAAUAUACAUUACCUCCUAAUGAUUUAAGCACUAAGAUAAUAGUCGUGUAUGGAGAAAACGAUAAUAUUGUUACUCCAGUUCGAAGCAAAUAUGCUGCUUCAGUUUAUUCAAGGGAGAAUGUAAGUACUUUUCCUCAUGAUGGUGCUCAUUUAGUACCAAACAAGAAAGAUUUCAUUGAACCUAUUCUCAAGGCUUUCAAUGAACAAUUGUAUGAGAAGUCAUUGCUUUAA